AUGCUUCCAACGGUACCAGAAAAAUGUGGACCUCCAACAAUAACUCUUGGCCUUUUAGUUGACUUCGCGGUACAACAAACUUAUCAUGAACUUACUGUACUUGCCGAACUCCUACCAAAAAAACUGGAUGCUGAUAGAAAAAUAAGCAUUGUACAGUUUGCUCACUCUACUCGCACCUUGUUUAUCAAACUUUUGGCUAUUGUUAAAUGGCUAAAGUCAUCAAAGAAGUUCGACUCGUGUGCGUCUAUUUGUUAUUUCCUUGAUCAACAAGCACAGUACUUUAUUGACACAGCUGAUUACUUGGUAACUCUAGCAAGAGAGGAGCUAGUGCAUGCCAGGCUUCCAGCUUUCCAAGUGCCAGCAGCAAUUGAUGUUUUGACCUUAGGUGACUUUCCGCGUCUCCCAGUAUGCAUCACGUCACAGUUUGUCACGGACCAUUCCAUAACAAAGCGGGAAGAGACCUCAGUGCUUUAUCGAUUGAACCAAGUCUUGAAAACCAAACUUUCGCAAUCUUCCGCUUCCCUGUCUCAUCGGAUUAGAGAAAUAACAUUUAAGAACGGAAUGGUUACCUUGAUUGUGCCUGGAGAAUUUGAAAUAUCAUUGACAUUAUUGGGUCAAAAACCGACUACAAAGUGGACAUUGUUGAACAUUCGCUUUCUUGUUGAAGAUUAUGAAAUUGGAUUUGGAACACAGUUGAUUCAUCCUUUACAAGUUAACUCUGUUCACAAUUUGCUGCAAUUACGGAUGGAUCAAAGUGAAGAGCCUUUGAAAGAAGCUUAUAACAUCCUGCACUCUGUUGCUCAGUCUCUUCAAUUAGAUAUAUUGUUCUGUCAAGCGACUCAAGUAAUUAGUGGUCAUAUGAGGAAGUAUGCAACCAUUGAAAGCUACAGUCGUGAGGAAGGCGUUUUAGUGAUUGCUUAUUGGCUUCGAUGGACCCAACAGAAGAGAUAUGUGUCACAGUACCGCAUUAAAAUUUUCAUUGAUCGCAAUGAUCCUCACUCAGGUUUGCGUAUAAGGCAUUACCCACCUAAUAAACGACUUCCAGGGAUCGAUGAUCGCUCCGGGCGCUUAUCAAUGAACAAAAUCCUAUCUCAAACCAUGUCUAUUCGUUGUCAUGAGAAAUUAUUAAGAGUUCGUAGUGGUUUAGAAAAAAUAAAGCCAUUAACUCGAGUAAUUUUAACUGGAAAUGCAACUUUCACGUUGACUUAUCCUUUGUUAGAAAGAAAUUCUCAUGUUAGCGAAAAGUUGGUAGUUUCUGUAAACAGCUUCUCUGGUCGGUUGGAAGCAGUUGUGGCUGCACUUGGGGAUUGUAAGGAAGUUAAAGAGUUGGCUCUUUUGUUAAAUGAGGAUGCUUUUUUGGAAAAGGUUGCUGCCGUUAUUGUUCGCUUAAGAGUUCUGUUAAUGAUGGAACGAUUUCGAAAGGCCGUCGCUCCAUUGCCUGUGCGCAUCGUCGACGAGAGUGUUGUCUAUGCACAGUUUUCAAGCCUGAAAAUUAUUGGUCUUGAUCGUUUAUGCUUUCAGUUUAUUAAAGAGGAUAUCUAUUUCCUAGUUGUGUCCUUUAAAGGAAAAAAUAAAGGAACAAUUGACCUUGAGAUCUAUCUUUUUUCAUCUAUUGAUGGAAGAACAAGCAGAUUGCAGUUACAUCCUUCACAGAUGUUAGAAACUUGGACUUCUGCAAAUUUUCGUUCUGAUUGUGAGGACCCAAGUGCUACACGACAGCGUUGGCUUGGUAGUACUAAACAGUUGACAAGUGCUAUUGCCGCUAUUGAUGAUCGUUUAGCUUUCAUGCGAUUAUGUGACGAACUUGACAAACGCAAAGUUAAGUAUCUGCCGUUAGAAACGGAGCAUGUGGUGGGAGGACUUAUACUGCGUAUCACUGAUUUCUCAGAAGCGAUCACAACCGGUUCAAAAGAUUUCUUUGAUUUGCUAGUAAACUGCUGUUUACGGUUAGAUACGAGAGCCAGGGUCAUAUGGCCGUUCGAAUACACGUUAUCUGAAAACCCUCUUACACCCGAUUACUACGAUAGUGCCGAACGGGCUUCUACCAAAGCGGAACGGACUAAGACAACUGUGCUAGAAAUUUUCGCCAACGGAGGCUUAGGACAACUGAGCACUUCGGAGAAUCUGUACCUCUCAAUGAUUGAACGCCUGAUUGUGUUUUCUCACAUGUACGAAAUUGCAAAACAGUUUGCUAAGGCUUACUAUCUCCACUUUCAUAGGUUUUGUAAUAUUUCUGCAUUCACAUAUUAUAAGUUGGUUAUUGCUUACGGUGAACUGCGAAACAAUUUGAUGUUACUUACGUGGAAAGUGCAAAAGACGCCGAAACCAGCACAGUAUUUUCAUCUUACCUUUGGGAUGUGUUCAAUGCGUGAUGUUGCAAACGGAAAGAAUUCUUUUCUGCCUGUGAAGGAUUUAUCAUGGAAUCCUCAUACGAUACUUCAAGCUCGACUACAAGAUAUGUUUAACAGGAAAAGGUCUCUGGCCGAGCUCAUGCAGUAUCUCAUUGAGACAGUUGAGCCUCUGUCUUGCCUUUAUAGUUUCGCUCAUAUGCGCAUUCAAUCCUUACGUACUUACGCGCAGAUUAUGGGCUAUGAGACUGCUUUACCAAUUGCUUUACAGACCAACUUGGUAGCUGUUAACGAAACCACUUUACGACUUUCGUUUGGUGCAGUCACGCUGGAAUUCUUACUUCUUGGAGAUUCCAAAAUUGGAAUAAGAGAUGCUAGUAGAAGAGCAGCAGCAGCCUUCCAUCUUCGUAGUUUUUGCAACAAAUUUUCAAGGCACUGCCAAGAGAUGAUUUCAACGAUCCACGACGGCCACUCGCCGGGUCCGAACUGGUUGCGUUCCCCAUCCGCUCCCAGUAGUUUACCGCAUCAUAUGAGUCGCUCUCCAGCUAUGCGGCUGACAUCGUCUCCGAUUUCUCACGUCUCUCUUUCCGUGCCGCCGUCAGAACUAGAGUUGUCACCAAUGCGUUCGUCGGAAAAUGCGUCAUUGUCGCGAACGCCUAUCCUUAUAGAUCACGCUGCACUGCGACGCAUUACUACUGUCGAUCCUACCGGUUUCUGCCCUUUGUACGAGUAUCUAUAUGCCUUGGCGUAUCUUGCAAGAUUAGGUCCAGCUCUAGAAAAUUACCAGAACGAGCACCGUGCUGGUUCACUGCCGGCGAUUCAGUUCGGUUACUUAAAACACAAUGGAGAAUGUGUCCAGUUUUCAGUGCCAUGCGCUGUUCCAACAGCAGUGAAACAUGAUUUUCUGAAUUUGAACAUCUAUCUGGACGAAAGGACAAUGAGUCUCAAGUUGGAACUGAAAUAUGAAAGCGAUGAAGUUCCAUCAAGAGGAGAAAUUGAGGUUGCUGAGCGGUAUUUUGAAAAAUGUGUAGCACCCCUGGGUAACGAACUUGCUGUGAUUGCUUUCGCUAAUGCAUGUCGUUCAACUUCGAUGGGUACUUUUACUGCUAUGACUCAAAUAAUGGAAGCUCAAAUGAUGUGGAGAGAGGAUAGUCCCUGGAAACCGGCUCUGCAAUUAGUGACAUCAAGUACUGACAGCAUGACUCAGCGUAUGCGAGUAACUCCAGGAAUUAUAAUUGACCCAUCUAAUGUUAAUGUCCUCGUUUUGGUUUGCUUGCGACCAUCACGUGUGGAUUUCACAGAACGAGGUUCUGACACCACUAAGCAACUUAUAGCUCUUAUCUACAACACACAGACGAACACAGUGGCGCGGAGGAGCUCUGCAGACGAUGACAAUGACAAUGCGUCUUCGCUGUUGUCAAGCGUAUCUGAUCAGUAUUCUAGAACUGCAGAGCGUACUUUGUGGGCUGCGGUUCGAACAUUAGCAUAUAAAUAUGUUCAGUCAUAA